AUGGUAUUGGGUCCUCAGCAGAACAUGCCAAAUGGCGAUACUUCUGGAGACCAUGGAGAUGCUGCCAGUCUUGGUGCCAUCAACCCUGCCUACAGUAACUCCUCUCUUCCACAGGCCACUGGGCGCUCAGACGAGCCCUUCACCACCUACUUUGAUGAGAAGAUCCCCAUUCCCGAAGAGGAGGUCCCACGGAUUAUACUAUGGCUGAUGGUGGAGUUGGCUAUCAUCAGCUCAGAUAUGCAAGAAGUCAUUGGCUCAGCCAUUGCCAUCAAUCUCCUGUCUGUGGGAAGGGUUCCUCUGUGGGGUGGCGUUCUCAUCACCAUUGCAGAUACUUUUGUAUUUCUCUUUCUGGACAAAUAUGGAUUGCGGAAGCUGGAAGCACUUUUUGGCUUUCUCAUUGCUGUUAUGUCCCUCACGUUUGGAUAUCAGUAUGUUACAGUGAAACCCAGCCAGAGCCAGGUACUCAAGGGCAUGUUCGUGCCAUCCUGUUCAGGCUGUAGCAUCCCACAGAUCGAGCAGGCUGUGGGCAUCGUGGGAGCUAUCAUCAUGCCACACAGCAUGUACCUGCAUUCUGCCUUAGUGAAGUCCAGACAGGUAAACCGGGCCAAUAAGCAAGAAGUUCGAGAAGCCAAUAAGUACUUUUUCAUUGAAUCCUGCAUUGCUCUCUUUGUUUCCUUCAUCAUCAAUGUCUUUGUCGUCUCAGUCUUCGCUGAAGCAUUCUUUGGGAAAACCAAGUACAUCUGGGCAGUGGGGAUCCUGGCUGCAGGACAGAGCUCUACAAUGACAGGAACCUAUUCUGGACAGUUUGUCAUGGAGGGAUUCCUGAACCUAAAAUGGUCACGCUUUGCCCGUGUGAUUCUUACCCGCUCUAUUGCCAUCAUCCCCACUCUGUUUGUCGCUGUCUUCCAAGACAUAGAGCAUCUGACGGGGAUGAAUGACUUCCUGAAUGUGCUGCAGAGUUUACAGCUUCCCUUUGCUCUUAUACCUGUCCUCACAUUUACAAGUUUGCGGCCAGUAAUGAGUGAAUUUGCCAACGGAAUAGGCUGGAAGAUUGCCGGUGGGAUCUUGGUUCUUACCAUCUGUUCCAUCAACAUGUACUUUGUGGUGGUUUAUGUCGAAGGACUAGGGCACAUGGCAUUGUACGUGGUGGCUGCUGUGGUCAGCAUAGCUUAUCUGAGCUUUGUGUUCUACUUGUACCCUCUGGGACUGACAGCUCAGCCUGAACUCUACCUUCUGAACACCGUGGAUACUGACUCACUUGUAUCUAGGUGA